AUGGCGACCCGAGCUGCGGACGAAGACGAUAACCCAGCUGUAGAUCAACUUGUUUUAUUCAAAAAUAGAACUGAGGGACCUAUAGCCAUCAUGACUACUGCUGCAGGUGCACCGAUUGAAAACCAAACCACAAUUACAUUGAACAAACGUUUGUUAUUUAAUGAGUUUCUAAUGGACAGUUUGACACACGUGGCCAGGGAAAGAAUACCAGAACGACUAGUUCACGCGAAGGGUGCAGGGGCAUUCGGUUAUUUCGAAGUAACCCACGAUAUAUCUGAUAUAUGCAGGGCGAAGUUAUUCAAAAUGGGUGAGAAGACGCCUAUAGUUGCAAGAUUUUCCCUAGUGGUCUCCGAACAUGGUGGCAGUGACACACAAAGAGACAUCCGAGGAUUCGCCCUCAAAUUUUACACUGAAGACGGAAACUUCGACAUUAUUGGCUUCAAUACACCCAUGUUCGCCUUCAAAGAUCCCAUACUUUUCCCUACUUUCGUACGAUCACAGAAACGAAACCCAGCGACCGACUUACACGAUCCCAACAUGUUGUGGGACUACCUAACCACAAACCCAGAAAGUUUCAACUUAUUUUUACUAUAUUUCAGUGAUCGUGGAAUCCCAGAUGGUUAUCGACAUAUGCCUGGAUUUGGUAUCCACACUUAUCAAGUUGUUAAUAAUCGUAGCGAGAAUCAUUUCAUCAGGUUUCACUUCCUACCAGAUGCGGGCAUCAAAAACAUAUUUUCAGAGGAAGCAAGGCGGUUAGCAGGUUUUGAUACAGACUAUUCAACAAGAGAUUUAUACAAUGCCAUCGGAACUGGAAACUUCCCCAGCUGGACGGCAAGCAUUCAGGUAUUAACUGAGAGUGAUAUUAAAAAUGCAAGCUUCGAUGUGUUUGACGUUACAAAAGUAUUGCCUCAGGACAAAUAUCCUUUAAAACCCCUUGGUCGCUUCGUUUUGAACAGUAAUCCUGUUAAUUAUUUUGCUGAAAUUGAGCAGUUGGCUUUUAAUCCUGCGAACUUAGUUGAUGGCAUUUUGGGAGGACCAGAUAAAGUGUUUGAAGCGCGACGUUUGGCCUAUCGAGAUGCUCAGUAUUACCGCUUGGGAGGUAACUUUUUGGGAAUACCCGUAAACUGUCCCUUGCGCCAUAGAGCAUACCCGUACAAUCGUGAUGGUGUGCCUCCUCUAAAUGGUAAUUUAGGAGACAUACCUAAUUACUAUCCCAAUUCUUUCAAUGGACCUGUUCCGUAUGUGGACAACAAUGUCGGUGAGGUAAUAGAGAUAUAUCAGGAUAAAGCGAAUAACUACGAUCAGUCUCGUGAAUUAUACGUGAACGAAUUAGAUGCUGAAGAGAAGAAGAGACUAGUGGAGAACAUAGUGUAUAGUUUGGAAAACGCAACGAAAUUUUUGCAAGAACGCGCUAUAAAGAUAUUCAAGCGUAUACACCCCGACCUUAGUGCGAGGGUGAAGCAAGCUCUUCGUAACACGACAGUGAACUGUCAAUGUGGUGAUAAUUAA